CUCACUGGCAGUCAGUUUUUGAUGUCCCAGUGAGAUUGUGAGCUCCUCUUCCAUUCUUUCUCUAUAACUCUCCUCUCUUGUUGGUUUGCUGUUUGGUGGUGGUGGCCACUGUGUUAGACCAUGGGAGACCCUAUGGCUUUCUCCUUCCUAAACAAGAGACUGAGACCACGGUUCACUGCCAUGGAACGCCUCUGCUACUCCCUGGACACCCUGGAAGAUGGACCACAGCGGCCUGACACGGUCAGGGGUGGUUCAACCACACGGUCUACAAUAAUGAGAGAUGUAUCACAAACACAGGAAGAUUCAAGCUCGACCACGACCAAACUAGAGCAAGAGGAUGUGGUAACAGAAGGGUUGACUCCCCUGACUGAAGAGGGGGACAACGGUCCUGAACUGUUGACCAUGUCUAUGAUCAGUGACUGUUCGAUGCCGUUUCUAACCAUAGAAGAUGCUGGUCCUGAUGGGUCUGGUGAGCUGACCGUGGUCAGAGAAAGUUUGACCGUAGCGAAUGACGGUCCAGAGGGUUUGACUGUGGUCAGUGAGGGAGAAGGAGACGGUUCUGAUGCGGUCCGUGAGGAUAGGAGCACUUCCAGACGGAGCUACAUAGAUGGAAUCUUACCCGACCUCAUCAGGAGUGGACGACCACUCAGCAGACGCAGAACAGUAGGACCAGUCUCAGACACGUUGAAGGAGGUGCGUCGCGAGGUGGAGCUGUCUCGGAAGCGCAGUCUGAGGCUGAAGGCUCAGGUGGACAAACUACAGGAGAACAGAGAGGGACUGGGUUGGAGUCAGCACAGAGAGAGGGUUACAGAGGAGGUUCAGUCCAUUCUGAGGUUGUUGCUUCCUCUGACAGAGUCCAGCCCAGUAGAACCCUCUGGUCAGGAGAACAGUCUGGAUACAGCACUGGUUCUGCUGCAGAACGUAGCCCGCAAUCUAGCACUGAACCACACAGCACAGGAUUCCAAGUCCGGGGGUCAGAGAGAAAACGGUGUCGAUGACAGUGCUGUUCUACAACAGGCACUACGUGACAGAGAUGAUGCCAUGGAGAAGAAGAAGGCCAUGGAGGCGGAGCUUCUCCACAGUAAGACAGAGAUGAUGUUACUUAACAACCAGCUGCUGGAGGCCGUGCAGAAACGACUGGAGCUCGCUCUGGAACUAGAGACCUGGAAGGACGAUGUCCAGAUGAUCCUCCAGCAACAGCUCCAGAGCCAGCAGCAGCAGGCAGCAGAACAAGCCCAGAGGAAGCCCUCCCGUCUGGGGCUGCUGAGGAGGACCAACAGACCCCCCAUCCAGAGGCCAGUCUCUACCCCCUUGACCUACACCCCUGGACAGGUUCCCGUUAGUACCCCCGUCCCUUCCCCCUCUCCCACCCCCCAAUGUACCCCUGUCACCUGGAGGGAUAGGCUGAAAAUGGGGAAGGUGGGUCGUCAUGGUGACCAGGAUGCAGAGCAGGCAUUGCAGGCAUCGCGGUCGACGUGCAGCAGCAGACUGGAGGAGGGGUUUCAUACCAUAGACUUAUAAUAACACAUCAUACACAACAUCAUAUGCAUUUAAGGGAGGGACACGACACAUACAUGUAUCUAUGUAUAUACUGGUAGCUACUUUAUCAAUCUUUCUAACUGUGGAUUCUUACUGGGAGAGAUACAUUGAGCUGAUAGUUAGAUACACGGUCACAAGCAGAUUCAUUCUCCAAUCUACUAGUACUGUGUACCGCUCUGAUCUGUUUGGCUUUAGGAAAAAAUUCUUAAGAGCAUUCUGUGUAUUGGUUGCCUGGAUACUACAUUUGGGUUGGAGAUUUUCCCUCCAACUGUAAGCAUUAAUUUUCUACUGUAAUGACAAGCAGUCAUGUUGACUGUAACACGUGUCUCUGAUUAAAGGGACAAUCCUUAGUUGCUACAGAAAAAUACAUUUUUGGACCCAUUGAUUCUUGAAGAAUAUAACAUAUAAAUGUCUC